CAUAUUUAGCUCAUGAUCAAAUAGGACACAACAGCCAACCACACCCUCCUCUAACCUUCACACAUCCUUCCUUCUGAAAUUCCCAACAUUAAUAUAGACGAAAAAGAAAUAAAACUCAUAAGAACAUUAGUGAAAAUCCAAGAAUUAAACUCACCACAGAGCUUUGAGAAUAGUGGACGUGUAGGAAUGUGCUUGAACAUGUGCAGGAUUCCUGCUCAAGACUUCUUCGCUAAUGAAUUUGGGCUUCCAUUAACUAUGAUUCCUGAUCUUGAAGACAUGGGUUUCGAAAUGGUUUAUGGACAAGUUCCACCCCCAUUUGAAGAGGAUCCAGUAGAAAACAGCCUAGCCUUGCAGAUAUUCUGUUGAUCACGUAGUUUCUAACAGAAGAUCUUGAAUGAAUGAAGGCAAACGCUAACAAGCUAAGUGUUCACAAUAAUUACAUAGCGAAGAAUAAAAGUACAGGUUGAUUUGAAUACUCUUAGCAAAUAUUUUAAGAAAACCUCUCGCUUUUAUCCACUUUGACAAAGCUAAUUAUGGUACGAUUUAGUGUUUCUGCACCUUUCCCUUUCUUUUUUAUACUUUACAUGGUUUCCAUGUGAAUCUUCAAUCGGUGCCUCAAACGUUUUCUGGAACCAACAUUUAGUUUCGAGCAACAGCAGUUACUCGAAGAAUGUUUUCUCUUUAUCUAAAGAUGACCCUCGAGCACACAAAUUACUAACUCAAAAAGUUUUCCUCUGAACGAGUCCAAUCUUUAGGCUCCUGUCAUAUCAGGACUUCACAAAUCAAGCCGCUAAUAUUGCAAAAAACAUGGUAAUUCCUACCCGCAAUAUUGUAAAAUCUUUGACCAACUAUGUUAAAUUUUGAUCAUAAAUAAUUUUUUUUUAUGUUUUUGAAUUAUUUUAAUAUAUUGAUGUUAAAAAUAAAUUUUAAAAAAUAAAAAAACUACUAUAAAAUAUUUUUAAAUAAAAAAACACUUGGAAAAUCAAUAUUCACCCCACUCUAACCAGACAGUAAGGCGAAUCAGAUCAGUUAUGGAAUUAUUGUUGGACUAGAUUGACCUUUAACUAAUAAAAUUGUUCAUACAGAUGGCUGGAAACCAACCCGUGUGUGAUAACUGAUAAGCCUCACCUUGGCUCUGUUGAGUCUCAUGUGAUUUUGACUCAAUACGUAUCCGUGACUUCAUUGCUAAAGACAAGAUACAUGUCCACCAAAAUCCAGUACCACACUCCACCCUCCAGCCAUUAAUUACGGUAUCCAAGGUCACAAAAAUCCGAGCAGUCUGUAAGACCUUGGCAUGAUUUAUAUUUAUCUACUCUCUUCUUCUAGAUAACCCCACUAUUUUAAUGCACGAGAACUAUCAUUUAAGGUAUGAAAUAUGAAUUUUUGCCUUUUGUUGUGUUCUUUUGAAUAUCAUGUCAACGACUUUCAGGUUUACUGUAUUAAGCAUUUUGGAUAAGUUUUGCGUAUGCUGUUGUCUCUACAGCAAAAUGUCCAAAUUUUGCGCAGUUGAUCCCGUGACUAGCAUGAAUCUCUCUCUUAACGACCAACGAACUCUCAAAUUAACUUCCUGCAACUCCUGUCUAUAAAAUGGCAACUCCUCUUCAAUAUAGCUCAGACCCACAAGCUCUAGAAUCCUAUACAUCGCAGUAAGUAUAGCACAGACUCAAUAGUGUGGAGCCUUGUGGGAAAAUGGCUAUUGCUACUGCAUUUUCACUGAAGUUGCAGAUUUUGUUCAUUAUUUUUUGUUGUCGUAGCUAUUUCAGCACUGCCUUUACUUCUCAAGAUUAUGCUGAUGCUCUUGAAAUAUCCAUCCUCUUCUUUGAGGGUCAGAGAUCAGGAAAACUGCCAGUGAACCAACGGCUAACAUGGAGGGGGGACUCUGGGUUGUCUGAUGGCUCUGCUUAUCACGUGAACCUAGUUGGUGGAUACUACGAUGCAGGUGAUAAUGUCAAGUUUGGCCUUCCAAUGGCCUUCACCACUACAUUGUUGGCAUGGAGUGUCAUUGAAUUCGGUAGCUCGAUGCAGAAUCAGAUUACGAAUGCCGAAGCAGCCAUUCGAUGGAGCACUGACUACCUUUUAAAAGCGGCCACUGCCACCCCUGACACACUAUAUGUUCAAGUUGGAGAUCCGAACAUGGAUCACCGGUGCUGGGAGAGGCCAGAAGACAUGGACACACCACGCAAUGUGUACAAAGUAACCACGCAGAACCCAGGAUCCGACGUGGCUGCUGAGACAGCUGCUGCCUUGGCUGCAGCUUCAAUUGUGUUCAAAGAGUCUGACCCUUCUUACUCCACCGAAUUGCUUCACGCAGCAAUGAAAGUAUUCAAUUUUGCAGACAGGUAUAGAGGAUCUUACAGCGACUCUCUCAAUUCCGCAGUCUGCCCAUUUUACUGCUCGUACUCUGGAUACCAAGAUGAGCUUCUCUGGGGUGCAUCGUGGCUUCAUAAAGCCUCGCUGAAUGGAACAUACUUGGCUUACAUCCAGUCAAAUGGUCACACAAUGGGUUCCGAUGAUGAUGACUACUCCUUUAGUUGGGAUGACAAGCGACCCGGGACUAAGAUUCUCCUUUCCAAGGAAUUCUUGGAGAGAACUACUGAAGAAUUUCAGUUAUAUAAAUCGCAUUCAGACAACUACAUAUGCUCUCUAAUUCCAGGCACUUCUAGUUUCCAGGCCCAAUACACUCCUGGGGGGCUUUUUUAUAAAGCAACCGAAAGCAAUUUGCAAUAUGUAACCUCCACAACUUUCCUUCUAUUGACGUAUGCUAAGUAUCUUGGCUCAAAUGGAGGAGUUGCCAAAUGCGGUGGUUCAACCGUGACAGCUGAGUCACUCAUCGCUCAGGCGAAGAAGCAAGUGGACUAUAUCUUAGGUGAUAAUCCAGCAAAGAUGUCUUACAUGGUUGGAUUCGGUAACAAGUAUCCACAACAUGUGCAUCACAGGGGUUCCUCGGUGCCAUCUAUACAUGCACACCCGAACCGCAUUUCCUGUAACGAUGGGUUUCAGUACCUCUACUCCAGCUCUCCCAAUCCGAAUGUCCUUGUUGGAGCCAUAGUAGGCGGUCCUGAUAACAGAGACCAUUUCGCUGAUGAUCGAAACAGCUAUCAGCAAUCCGAGCCAGCUACAUAUAUCAAUGCACCAUUUGUUGGCGCUCUUGCUUUCUUCUCAGCCAAAAACUAAUAGCAGUUCUAUUAUCCACAUAUUAGUAGUAUCUAUAGAUGUAAUGUCGGAAAAGACAUUCUCACAAGAAAGCUGUUAGAGAGAAAUUUAGUGUAUUUGAGAUGUGGUAUCAUGCUUGUCAGUUCAGUUCCGGAACAUACCGAAUUGAAUCCUAGAUUUGGCCAUAUAA